UUCCCGCAUUCGGAUCUCCCAUAGCAAAGACAGAGAGAGAAGUAAAGUAGCUUUAUUAUGGAUUACAGAUAAAAGACAGGUAAUCUCAAUGACGCAAAGAUAAAGACAGGCAAUUUCACUUCAGUGAUGCAAAUCUGACAGUAGACUUCACUCUUGUGUAUAUUAAAGUAACCGUCUUGAAGAGGAAGGAAGAUAACCAAGUGAAUUUCGUGAUGGUUUCAUUGUAAAACACCACUUUUUCAAAUUCUCUCCUUCUCUUGGUGCUCUGUUUCUGUUGGAGAUUUCAGUCAUUGGGUUACACAAAUCUUCUUGGAUUGUUUUCUCACGUUGCUUUGGCUGUAUUGAGAGAGUUUCACGAUGAAGGCAAGAACAACUAACAAUGUUGUUCAGUCGAAGAGAUCUACUAAGAGUGUAAGAAAAGAUCAAAAGCUGCAGAAGACGAAUAGCCAGAAAAAAACAGAACAGGAGAAGCACAAGGACUUGGAUACUAAGGAAGAGUCUAGUAAUAUCUCUACAGUAGCAAGUGAUUCAACCAUACAAUCAGAUCCCUCUGAGUCUUACGAGACGGUAGAUGUUCGUUACUUGGAUGAUGAUAAUGGUGUCAUUGCCUCUGCAGAUGCUCAUCAAGAAUCAGAUUCUAGCAGCGUUGUUGACAAAACGGAGAAGGAGCAUAAUUUAAGUGGAUCCAUUUGUGAUUUGGAGAAAGAUGUUGAUGAGCAAGAAUGUAAAGAUGCUAACAUUGAUAAAGAUGCUCGUGAAGGUAUCAGUGCUGAUGUUUGGGAAGAUGCUUCGAAUGGUGCUCUUAGUGCUGGCAGUGAGAAUGAAGCAGCUGAUGUAACAGAGAAUAAUGGUGGGAACUUUGAAGAUGGAUCUUCGGAAGAGAAGAUUGAACGUUUAGAGACGAGGAUCGAGAAACUUGAAGAGGAGCUUAGAGAAGUUGCUGCACUCGAGAUUUCGCUCUAUUCUGUUGUGCCGGACCAUUGUAGCUCUGCUCACAAGCUUCAUACGCCUGCUCGGCGUAUUUCUAGAAUCUACAUCCAUGCCUGUAAGCAUUUUACUCAGGGAAAGCGUGCUACGAUCGCUAGAAACUCUGUAUCUGGUCUUGUUUUGGUUGCCAAAUCUUGUGGGAAUGAUGUUUCGAGGUUGACCUUCUGGUUAUCAAACAUCAUAGCUUUGAGGCAGAUAAUUUCGCAAGCAUUUGGUAGGUCUCGCAUCACACAAAUCUCUGAACCAAAUGAGAGUGGUAAUAGUGAUUCAGGGAAGAAAACGAACCUGAGAUGGAAGAAUGGUUUCCAACAGCUUUUGGAGGAUUGGCAAGAAACUGAAACAUUUACUACUGCACUUGAGAAAAUCGAGUUUUGGGUAUUCUCUAGAAUAGUGGAGUCUGUUUGGUGGCAGGUCUUUACUCCUCAUAUGCAAUCACCUGAAGACGACUCAUCAGCAAGUAAAUCAAAUGGGAAACUGAUGGGACCUUCCUUGGGUGAUCAGAACCAAGGAACCUUUUCGAUAAGCCUAUGGAAAAAUGCUUUCCGAGAUGCUCUGCAACGGAUUUGUCCUAUGCGAGGAGCGGGACACGAAUGCGGUUGCUUACCUGUAUUGGCUAGAAUGGUUAUGGACAAGUGUAUCGGUAGAUUCGAUGUAGCCAUGUUUAAUGCUAUUCUCCGCGAAUCAGAACAUCAGAUUCCAACUGAUCCUGUCUCUGAUCCUAUUCUUGAUUCCAAAGUUCUGCCUAUUCCUGCUGGAGACUUAAGCUUUGGAUCAGGGGCACAACUUAAAAACGCGAUUGGCAAUUGGUCUAGAUGCCUCACUGAAAUGUUUGGCAUGAACUCUGAUGAUUCUUCAGCGAAAGAAAAACGAAACAGUGAAGAUGAUCAUGUAGAAAGUAAAGCCUUUGUUUUACUAAAUGAACUUAGUGAUCUUCUUAUGCUCCCAAAAGACAUGCUGAUGGAAAUAUCCAUUAGAGAAGAGAUAUGCCCAUCAAUCAGUCUUCCACUCAUCAAAAGAAUACUCUGCAACUUCACUCCUGAUGAGUUCUGUCCAGAUCAAGUACCCGGAGCUGUCCUAGAAGAGCUUAAUGCUGCAGAGAGCAUUGGUGAUAGGAAGCUAUCAGAAGCAAGCUUCCCUUAUGCAGCUUCUUCUGUUUCUUACAUGCCUCCAUCGACCAUGGAUAUAGCAGAAAAAGUUGCAGAGGCUUCAGCAAAAUUGUCAAGGAAUGUGUCUAUGAUACAGAGAAAAGGGUACACAAGCGACGAGGAGCUUGAGGAACUGGACUCUCCUCUUACAUCCAUUGUUGACAAAGCGAGUGACUUCACUGGUUCAGCGACUUCAAAUGCAAGAUACAAGCUUCUUCGACAAGUGUGGGUUUAGUUUGGAACCAAGUCGAACUGUAAGUAGUAUGUAUGUGGUUGGUGUUUGGUAUUGCAAAGAGAAUUUGGUUGACUUAUAAAAAAGUUGACUUCUUCACCUAAAAACUCAUAAACUCAAAUCAAAGCUUCUCGAAAGAUUAC